CAGAAGCAGAGCAUAUUUUUCCUCUCUGAUCGCAGAUAUUGGGAAACCACACAGAGUUCCAGCGUGUGGCCACUCUGCUCCAGGACACGGUUGAUUUCGACACUGAUGUAAAUGCAUCUGUGUUUGAGACAAAUAUACAGUGGUUGGUGGGCUUCUCUCGGCUCAUCUGCUUUCCAAGCGUGCCGGGAUGGAGGUGGAGGAGGGCUGGCCCUGCUCCGGACCCCUUCUGCGCAUGGCAGAGGAUGCUGCCCGCAAACUGCUGCCUGCUUUCCAGACCCCCACAGGGAUGCCAUAUGGGGGGUGAACCUGCUGAGGGGGGUGAACCCCUCUGAGACCCCGGUCACCUGCACUGCUGGAGUGGGCACCUUCAUCCUGGAGUUCUCCACCCUCAGCCGACUGACUGGAGACCCCGUGUUUGAGAACGUGGCUCGCAAAUCUCUCAGGGCCUUAUGGAGAACACGCUCAGAUAUUGGCCUGGUAAAACCUUUUGAUCUGGAUCAAGCCGUCUAUAGGACAAUCAUGACGCAUGUGUAGUGAAUAUUAAUAUUCUUUGGUUUUAACUCCACAAUGUGAAAUAUUAAAGGAAUAAUAAAAAAUG